CAUGCUCUUAAACACCACCCAAUCUUCCAUUCUCAUACCAAUCCUUCAACCCUCUGCAUUCUAUUUAAGCUUCUCCGCACUCACAAACUCCUCAGUCCCACACCGCUCGCAACACACAAAAAAACUCAUUUCAUCGCCAUGGCCCCCACAGCCAAGACUCUAACAUACCUAGCGCAGGAGAAAACCCUGGAAUCCAGCUUCAUCAGGGACGAGGACGAGCGCCCCAAGGUUGCCUACAACCAAUUCAGCGACGAGAUCCCCGUUAUUUCUCUCGCCGGAAUCGACGACGUCCAUGGCCGCAGACAAAACAUUUGCGAAAAAAUUGUCCAGGCUUGCGAGAAUUGGGGUAUUUUUCAGGUUGUUGAUCACGGUGUCGACCAAAAACUCAUCUCCCAAAUGACUCGUCUCGCCACCCAGUUUUUCGCUUUGCCGCCGGAGGAGAAGCUUCGCUUUGACAUGUCCGGUGGUAAAAAAGGUGGCUUCAUUGUCUCCAGCCAUCUCCAAGGGGAGUCGGUGCAAGACUGGAGAGAGAUGGCGAUAUACUUUUCGUACCCAAUCAAAGCAAGGGACUAUUCGCGGUGGCCGGACACACCAGAAGGGUGGAGAGCAGUGACUGAGGAAUACAGCGAGAAGCUGAUGGGGCUGGCAUGCAAAUUGUUGGAAGUGUUGUCUGAGGCAAUGGGGUUAGAGAAGGAUGCUUUGACAAAUGCAUGUGUUGAUAUGGACCAGAAGAUUGUGGUCAAUUACUACCCGAAAUGCCCUGAACCUGAUCUCACACUCGGUCUCAAACGCCACACCGAUCCUGGCACCAUCACCUUGCUGCUUCAGGACCAGGUCGGUGGACUUCAGGCCACCAGGGACAAUGGUAAAACCUGGAUCACUGUUCAGCCUGUGGAGGGUGCUUUUGUCGUCAAUCUUGGAGACCAUGGUCACUAUCUGAGCAAUGGAAGGUUCAAGAAUGCUGAUCACCAAGCAGUGGUAAACUCGAACCACAGUCGUUUGUCAAUAGCCACGUUUCAGAACCCUGCACCAAAUGCAACUGUGUACCCUUUGAAGGUGAGAGAGGGAGAGAAAGCUGUGAUGGAGGAACCGAUCACUUUUGCUGAAAUGUACAGGCGGAAAAUGAGCAAGGAUCUUGAGAUGGCAAGGAUAAAGAAGCUGGCUAAGGAAACGCAAGUGCAGGACCUUGACAAGGCAAAGCUAGAAUCCAAGACUCUGAAGGAAAUUCUUGCUUAAUUAAUUAGUCUUCAAAGUUACUUUAAAAUAAUUAUCAUUUCCUACUACUAGUUUGGUGCUUUUAGCAUUCUUUUAAGGGCCAUGGAUCCUCAUCUGUGUUUUUCUGUCUUUUUAGUUUGAACCUGUCGAGAUGUUUUGUUCUCUUUUCUUUGUAUCUAGGAUCCAAGGCGGUUUAUGUACACCUUACUAUAUCUAAAUGGAAAUAAAUGGCACUGCUUCUAUCA